UAGCAGGACGAAUGUACCCAUGGAUGGACAAAUCUUGUUUGUCGUUCAUUGCUUAAAACAUGGCAUGACUGACACCUUUAACCUUUGUUUCCUUUUUAUUUUUGAUCGGGAUCUUUUUCGGAAACUUGUGCCCAGCCAAUGUUUAGGGUCCAUCUGGUCUCAACGAGGGAAGGAAGCAAAACAGCAUCUGGUAUCAACCGUCCAGGCCACCAUUACACAGUUCAAUAAUGUUACAAAAUGUGUCACCAGCACCAUAUUAAGACCUCAACAGCUGAAACCACGGCACACGGCUAAAAUCAUUGAGAAAUGGGUUGAUGUUGCCCAGGAAUGUAGGACUUUGCAGAAUUUCUCGUCAGUGCAUGCAAUUACCACGGCAUUGCAAUCGAAUAGUGUGUUCAAUUUGAAGAAGACUUGGGCAGCCGUGUCAAAGAGCAGUAAGAUAACAUUUGAAGACCUUUCAAACAAUGAAGAAGAUAACUUUAUUGCAAGUAGAGAGCUGCUGAUGGAGGAUAUCGUUCAGGGAAUUGUGCCGUACCUGGGAACUUUCUUGACAGAAUUUUCAGCGCUGGAUUCGGCUUUCCCGAAUUACCAUUCAAAUGGCUUGAUCAACUUUGACAAGAGACAAAAAAAGUUCGAGCAUUUUGUUCAAUUCCACGUGUUCUGCAAAAAGAGGGGGUUAUCGUCUUGGUAAAAAAUUACCCAAAGGAAUCGCAGAUGCUGGGAAUCAAAAACACAAAGAGAAAUUGCUGAAAAAAUUCAGCGGGUCUGGCAGCAUCUGUGAAAAGAAAGCAGAGUUUUCUUUCAGCUCCUCUGAACUCGAGAAACCGCCAAAGCCCAAAAAGAGUGUGUUUAAACGCCUCAGCUGCCUGUUUUCAAGGAGUGGUGUUAAAGUACACAGCGCUCCAACUAAAAGCUCUGAGCAGCGAGCAACCCUUCAGAAUGAGGAUUCGGACGACAGCAUUACCG